GAGUUUGUUUGGCGUAUCUUCGGCUUACCGCGAUUGCAACUUCGAUUCGGAUUCGGAUUCGGAUUGCGCUUAUGUUUCAGUUUCUGAUUCGGCUUUCAGUCGUUGGCCGCGCGCCAGAGCAACAAGUUAAGUUUCGCACCUGGCCAGGUGAUCGCGAUACUCGCAGGUUUGAGUGUUUGAGUGUACGUGGAAAAUAGCAAAGCAAAAUUACUUGCAUCCGACGAAAAUAACUAAUCAUCGUAAUUUCCGAAGAAAGAAAUUUUCAAGCAAAAUUCGACAGAGAAAAAAGUGGCAAAAAUGAACUUUUUUGUGAUUGGCUUUCUGAUCAUGCAGGCGGCAAGAUUGGCUUGCGGGACGUGUGUUUUAUCGUCCGAUUUCGGUUUCAUUCUCGAUUGUAACUUCAAAAAGUCUGGACUGUUUCGUGUACGAAAUUUGGGUGGCCUUAAGGCCCAUUUCGGUUUAGGUUUCAGUCUGGGCGACGAGCUGGGCUUUCCGGAAUCGCUGGGCAACACGGAGAGUGACCGCCGGCGGGCUAUCAGCUACAAAAACGGAGCACCACCCGACUUGGUGGGCGUACUUCCAUCGACCCAGCAACAGGUCAAUCCACCCGUGCAACACCCAUUGCCAGAGAAACGGAUAAGUUCACGGUCCACUGGAGCAGCGCCGUUUAACCUGCAGCAGGUGCAACAGCAGCAGCAACUGCAACUCCAGCAACAGAAACUGCAGCAACAGCAGUUGCAGCAGCAAUUAAAGCUGAAACAAUUGCUGCUUCUGCAGCAGCAACAGCAGCAGCAGCAGCAACAGCUCAUGACCGAGGCUCGUCCAUUGCCAUUGGGUGUUCCUGCCUUCCGACCCAUUCCCCAGAAGCAACUGGCCGCCACUCAGCCCUCUGCUCCGAGUUCGACCCCUGCGGAGAGACGGGUGGCCGUGGACACCCCGGAGCCGCGGGUCAGUCUCAACAACAAGCUAAUAACCUCCAUCGAUCAACCGCACUCGAAUCGCACUUUUCACGUGGCCAAUCCGGUGGUAUCCCAACCAGUAGCCGUGCCGGUGUUCCAGGCGAUGCCCCAAUCCAUCGCCAGGAUCGCCAAUGUGGGCAAGGAGCACCGAACGGUGUCCAGUCACCCGAACUACCUUCAGUUCGAGGAGCCCAAGUUCGACCUGAAAGAUGUUACCGUAGAGGAACUGGCCGCCGCUGCCAACGUAACAGUGGACACCAUCAAGCACGCCAUCUACGUCCGGGAGCAGCAGCUGAAGGCUGAACACCGGGCCCAACUGGCGGCGAAGCUAAGAGAGGAGUUUAUGCGCACCUCCACUGUGAGGACUACGACCACGACGACCACAACGACAACCACUACACCGCGUCCACAAAAGUCGCUGGCGGAGCACAAGGUGUCCAAGGUAAUGAACGCCCCUAAGGAGUACUAUCCCGUGGGCUACGACAAGAACUUUGACGACAACUUCAAAUCCAAGGUGGACCUGCCACCUACGAGUUUCUCCUGUGCUAAACAAAAGCACUUUCCUGGUCUCUACGCUGACACCGAUCUUGGCUGCAUGGUAUUCCACGUAUGCGCACUGACCGACGACGGCAUGGUGCGUAAGUCGUUCCUCUGCCCGGAGAACACACUCUUCGACCAGACGAUCCUGAAGUGCAACUGGUGGUUCUACGUGGACUGCAGCUCUAGCACCAGCGUCUACGACUCUAACAUUCCCAUCUCUAAGAGCUAUCAGCUGAUGAAGUCGCUCACUUAUUUCUCCAAGUUCGCUGGCGGCCAGAGGCACGAGCAGGAUGGAGACAAGGAUGAGAAUGCGCUGGACAUCGAUUCGCUGCGGGAGUCGAUGGAGGGCGUGGCCCGGCGCCAGGAACAGGCCAAGAAGGCGGAGCUGAGGGAGGAGGAGCAGCGCAGCCUGCCCAAAGAGGAUCAUGAGCAUGUGGUUCCAGCAGAGGCAGAGCAACAGCUAUCCAACUAGGCUUCACUGGGCCCAUCCCAACGCUAUCUGAGAUCUAGGUUAAGUGUUUACGAUCGAGCGUCUCUGGUCGAUUAGCCGUACGUAGUCAAGUCCUUUUCUGAAGUCAACGGUUUUCCCAAUCAUCAGAGAGAGAAAACAAAAAACUAUUCCCGAAAUUGGUUAACCAUUCCGAUUAUAUUCAGAUUCAAGGACGCCUAUUUGUGGCGCUUCAACAUUUUAUUAUCACAGAGUCAAAAUAGUUUUCUCCAUAUCUAUUCGAGGAAAUGGAUAAUAGAUAUGACUAAGAUUAUUUUGAUCACAAAAUAGAGGACACUAGGGAACUGAUAUUAUUAUGGUUUUUUCUCUGUUAAGCAUCAUCACUUCCUGUGGCAGCUCUUGUACUACAGAGUGCCCCUUAAACUUAGUCUCUUCCUAGCCCUUAGGUGGAUAAUCUCUAGUUAAGUCCCAUCAGUGAGUACAUUUUGAUUCGGGCACUUAUUUUUAGUACGUUUCACUAUUUAUUUAUUGUACAAGUAUUUCCCGAAAAUAAAACGU